UUCUUCGUCUCAAAGAACUCUCGCACGAAAGAGCCGCCCUGCGCCGGCCGAUAGCUGAGAAAUAUGCCUUGAAAAGGUAGCGUGUCGAGCCAAAGGAGGCGUGGAUGCUCGCGUGUGGAUCCUGAAGACCGUGGGAAUCGUUACAGAUUAUCCUGCAUAUAUGUAUCGCCCGGCGUGUCCUGAAUGUAGGUGGAUCAAUAACCCGACAGAUUGCAGUCCUUGUACCAAUAGCUCGUGACAGGCACGUCGAUGUAUAAGCGAACACAUAUAGUAAAACAAUUGUUCUACAUUUCUUUAAACAAGAACUUUAAACAAGGCUGUCCUCGAAACAAAUGUGUAACCGUGAAAGACGGCGUGCAUGAACGCAUUGGAAAUCCAGCGCGAUUUACUAUUGAAGGGAAUACGAGACCAGGGGUCUCGACCGUACAAGAAACCGUCGUUACGCAAUCCAUUGUCUAUCUUCAUCGAGGACAGUUAGCGACAGUUGUGAUAGAGCGGACUGCACAGUCUGACAACUUGUUGCUAACGAAACGCGGAACGAACACGCUCAACGAAACAGCAAGAACAAUCGAUCGGCUGUCAAGAUUUCUCACGGAAACCGGCGCAACGAGAUUUUCCAGUCAAGGCUCUUGAUAAACCUCCCAUCGGAAACUGGACGAUUACGCACCACCACUUAUACAAGCCAUAUUUCCUUGAGUGAUUAUGCGAUUAAAAACGUACUUGAUAAAUACUGCAAAUAUGUACAGAUGUGUAUCGAAAUCGCUAAGGUCGAAUGCGCGUGCGUGCGGAUUUCAGCGAAUCGGAGUACGGAGGUUCGAUUUAAUAGAAUCUCUCCGAUAUGAUAUUGAUCAGUCGUGACAAUCCAAUGGCUAUCUUUCGAUUAAAACUCUGCUAUCAACUGCACAAGUGUCGAUAUUGGUUUUAAAAGAUCUGUACGUGUUUCUUUUCUCUCUCUCUGUCUCUCCCUUCCUCUUUAAAACGCGAUCAAAAGGAUUUACGACGACAUAAAUGUCGUCCGCGAGCUUUGUAUGAAAUAGCAUAAUUGAAUAUCGCGGUUAUUAUAAUUUAAUUGCGUGGACACGAGAAUAUCGAUGUUGCAAUUGUCCUUUUUUUUCAAGCUAUCUGCUUUUAUAUAAGUUACGGAAAUAUAUGUCGAUUUUCUCUUUCUUGGAAAUGUGUGCGGAUAUUUUCGACUGCUGUUGAUACUCUUAAUAUUUAAAAAGUUGCACACGAGAAAGAAAUCGGAAAGGGUGGCUUCGGAGCAUAUCUACGUUGCUGAUAUGCCCCCAGACCGAUCGAUCGCAGCUUUCUCUCCAGCUACCCUCCACCUGCGGGGUCUUUGCCACUUUGGUCAAUGUCACGACAGGGUGAAAAUCCGCUCAUGUUUUCUGCCAAAAUAACGAAAAGAUAUGCGAAUAGGUACAUAUCACACGAUAUUACGAGAUUUCUCAUGUUUCUCUGUUUGUUACACAAUCAAUUCGCAAAUACAAAGACAUAUGUAAUGUGUUUAUCUGUAAAAAACUGUCUAAAUAAUAAAUAAAAAUUUAGAAAGGCGAAUAUGAUACAUAUUUAGAUAUUUGUAUUAAUAAAAAGUAAAUCAUUAAAGUGAUUCUAUUAUUUGACAGUGUAUCUUUAAUCCUUUCAUUAAUUCCUAUUUAUUUUUAUAGUUCUGCUUCUGAACUAUUGGUCUUUUUUAUUAUAUAUCAAUUUGUUUCUUAAUAUGUGACUUUUUACAAUGUUUCGGAGAUACUUUAAAUAAAACGUUUCCAUGAAAAACUAUGGAACUCAUUACUGAACGUAUCAGUUUACUCCCGUUUCGCGAACGCGAGGUCUGCGUGCCGAUUGACCAACAUAUAUUUACGCCCCACUCACGGUGACCAUAAAAAGUGAGGGGAAGGGGGAGAAUCGGCGAAUCCCCCUCGUUCUUCGUCUUGACUCCGGAAUCGACACACUCACCUUUCUCCAAUGAGCGGCAGAUAACCACGAGUGCAGCUAACGGUAAAUUAAAUCGCAUUAAAAUACGCGGAGGAGCGGGUGGUGGAGGAGGCUUUUAACUGUCGGAGCACGGGGCACUCCCGCCCCUAAUUACGCCACUGUCGACCGCGAAAUCUCAUUAAACCACCGGCCGAUGGUUUCUUAAGAAGAAACCACCUUUUCGAGCCUUAAGCCACUACAUCAUUCGCUCUUUUUUUCUUUUUUUUCAAACUAAUUGUGGUGUAGCCGUAAGGAAAGCAAGACUUUUUAAUAUGUAUAACACCUGAAAUUAUUGUGUUAAAGUCAUCAGAGAGUUGAUACGAUAUUAUUAAAUAAAUUCAGAAAAUUUUGCACAAACUGGACAUAUUAAUCGUCUUAUUAAAGUGAACGGAAUAUGUGAUUGACAGCAAAGCAAUUGAAUUAUUUAAAAACGUACGUUUAAUUGAUCUUGUUAAAAAU